CUUCGAAUCUGUUGCGCUGCUCGCCGCAAAGUGAAAGUUGUGAAGUGUGGUUGUUGGACCUUUGGACAACGGGAUAUUUCUUGCUCCCGAAUGGGAGAAGAUUAGGAGCCAUGCCGGUGUUUUUUCUCAAGCCAGAGAAUGCUCUCAAAAGAGCGAAUGAGUUCCUCGAAGUCGGGAAGAAGGAGCCCGCACUUGACGCACUUGCCGAUGUGAUAAAGAGCAAAAAACAUAGACAAUGGCAGAAGGUACACGAGGAGAUCAUGGAGAAGUAUCUCACUCUCUGCGUGGAGUUGAGAAGAGGACACUUGGCCAAAGAAGGUCUAUAUCAGUACAAACUUAUUACUCAGCAAGUUAGCAUUGCUUCGCUGGAGGACAGUGUCCGCUUCUUCCUGAGGCUGGCCAACGAGAAGGCUGAGGAUGCCCGUAAAAACUCGCAGCAAGUGGUGAAAGAUGGACAGAUUGUACUGGAUGUGGACGACUUAGACCAUAUUCAGACUCCUGAAAGUCUGCUGCUUAGCGCGGUGAGUGCUGAAGACACACAGGCACGUACUGACCGUGUUCUGCUUACACCCUGGGUCAAGUUCCUCUGGGAGGCCUAUCGCAGUGUGCUGGAUCUUCUACGUAACAACGCCAAGGUGGAGAAGAUCUACCAUGAAGUAGCAAAGGAAGCUUUCAAGUUCUGCAUCGACUAUGGACGUCGCACUGAGUUCCGCAAGCUGUGUGAUAACCUUCGUCAGCACUUGCAGCACAUCCAAACCUACCAGAAUCAGUCGAACAGUGUCAACCUCAACUCGCCAGAGAGCAUGCAGCUGCAUGUCGAGACUCGCCUGCAGCAGCUGGACACUGCCAUUGGCCUGGACCUGUGGCAGGAGGCAUUCAAGGCUAUCAACGAUGUACAUGGUCUGCUGACGCUGAGCAAGAAGCCCCCUCGUCCGGCCAUGGUGGCUAACUACUUGAUGAAGCAAGCCACCGUGUACUGGAUGGCUAACAACCCUCUUUUCCAUGCAGCCGCAUGCCAUCGCCUGCUCAUCCUGUCCCGCGAGCAGAAGAAAAACAUGUCAGAAGUAGAGCUUGGAAAGCUUGCGUCGAGAGUUGUGGCAGCCACCCUGGCCGUGCCACUGCACUCCUGCAACCCGGAGAGCAACUUCACAGCGGAGCUGAACGAGAUCGCCCGCGACAAGCACAGGCGUUUGGCCGGUCUGCUGCAGCUCAGCCAGGCACCAUCCAGAGCAUCACUGAUCCGCGAUGUGAUUCGCCUCAAUGUGCUGGAGCAUGUGUCACCCGAACUUCAACAGCUCUUCAACUGGCUGGAGAAUGACUUUCACCCGCUACAACUGUGCGACCGUGUUUCCACCUGCAUUCAACACCUGGACAAUGAGGAUGAGCUGAAGCAGUACUCCGAGAAGAUCAAGACUGUCGCCACGUCACGUCUCCUUCAGCAGGUUGCUCAAGUCUACUCCACCAUCCAGAUCAAGCGCUUGCUUGAGCUGUCGCCUUUCGUAACCGAGUUCGGUCUAGAGAACGCCAUUGUCCGUGCUGCCAAGUUGGUUGACCUGCAGGUUCGCAUCGACCACCGCUCACAGUCAGUAAUGUUUGGUGCCGACAUUUCCCUUGUUGAACAGAGCAUGGAGGGACCUCUCCUCCAGGCAAUGCCCUCCGAGACCCUGCGCAAGCAACUGUCUGAGAUGUCCCGUGCGUUGGCCAAGGCUGCCACGCUUGUUGCGCCGCAAGACGAAACUACCAAGGUUGAGGCCCAACGCCGCUCCACCACCAAGGCGCACAUGAACAACCGCGUCAAGGAGCACCGCAACAUGCUCAAGCGCAAGGUUGUCAUUGAGAAGCGCAAAGAAGAGAUCGAGUCUCUAGCUCAGGCCAGGGAACGUCAAGAGCGUGCCUUGGAGCAGGAGAAGAUCCGCAAGACCAAGGCUGCAGAACAAGCGCGACUCAAGAAGGAGGCAGAGGAGCGCGAGACCAAGCGCAAGAAGGAGGAACUGGCAGAAAUUGGCCGCCGCCAGGUCAUGGAGAAGAUCGAGCAGAUCAAAAAGACCGCCAUUGGUGGAAAGGCACUUGCCAAUCUCAAGCCUGAGGACAUUGAAAACCUUGAUGCCGACAGCCUGGUUGCUAAGCAAAUGGAAGAGCUCGAACGUGAGAAGAAGGAACUGGCAACGAGACUGAAGGCAGUUGAGAAGAGGGUGGAUCACUUUGAGCGUGCCAAGCGUCUUGCUGAAGUCCCCCUGCUCAAGGAACAGUAUGAGCAGCAGUUGAAGGACGAUGAAGUCUUCUUCAAGGAACAACAGAAGGCCAAGAUUGAGAAGGCCAUCACAGAUAGAAAGGACGCUGAAGAGAUCAGGGGCCGUAUGUCCAAGAUGGAGGUUGAUGUGAAGAUCUACAUUGACCGACUCUCGAGCCAUCGCAACGUGCGCUAUCAGGAUGAGAUGAAAGAAUUCAAGGAGCGGCUGGAGGAGGAGCGUGCCAGGUUUGAGGAAGAGCGCCGUCGUGAGGAGGAGCGUCGCCGUGAGGAAGAACGUCGUCGUGAAGAAGAGCGUCGUAUUGAGGAGGAGAGGCGCCUGGAAGAAGAACGCCGCCGUGAAGAAGAGCGUAUCCGUGAGGAGGAGCGCAUGGAGGAGGAACGUCGUCUUGAGGAAGAACGUCGUGCUGAAGAAGAACGUCGACGAGAGGAGGAGCGACGCCGUGAAGAAGAGCGUCACAAUGCACGGCGCGAGGAUGCCAGGCGUGACGAGGGUCGACGUGACGAUGGCUGGCGUAACAGUGGCCCACGACGUGAGGAACGCCGCGAUGACGGUUGGCGUGACGGUGGUCGUCGUGACGACGGUCCACGCCGCGAUGACGGUCCACGCCGCGAUGACGGUCCACGCCGUGACGACGGUCCACGCCGUGACGACGGUCCACGCCGUGACGAUGGCUGGCGUGGUGGUGACGGUGGUCAACGUGACGGAGGACAGCGUGAUGCCGGCUGGCGUGAUGGUGGUCGACGAGACGAUGUGCGUCGCGACGAAGGAAGGCGUGACUCCGGCUGGCGUGAUGGUGGUCGACGUGACGAUAUGCGCCGUGAUGAUAUGCGCCGCGAUGAAGGAGGUCGUGACUCUGGCUGGCGUGACGGUGGGCGUCGUGAUGAUAUGCGUCGUGACGAAGGAAGACGUGAUGAUAUGCGUCGUGAUGAAGGAAGACGUGACUCCGGCUGGAGAGGCGGUGCAGCAGCUGGACAAACAGAUAGUGGUAGAAGCUGGCGUUGAGUAUGUUUGUACUCACAUCCUUGUGGCGAUGUGACUUGUUUUUAGCAUUGGUAACUUUACUAACAACACCUUCCAACCACCA